GGCGCGCGGCGCGCCGAGCCCGCAGGCCGCUCCCGCGUCUGGCUCGUCCCCCGGAGCCCCGCUCUCGGUCCCAAGAUGACGGCGAGCAAGCGGGUGGCGAAGGAGCUGGAAGACUUGCAGAAGGAGCUUCCCAAGUACCUGCGGCACCUGUGCAGCGAGGAGGACAACGUGCUGGUGUGGCACGCGCUGCUGCUGCCUGAGAGGCCACCCUACAACCUCAAGGCCUUCAGGCUGUGCAUCAGCUUCCCGAGGGAGUACCCGUUCCAGCCCCCCACGGUGAAAUUCACCACCAGGAUCUACCACCCCAACGUGGACAGGGACGGGAGGGUGUGCCUGCCCCUCAUCAACAAGAAGAACUGGAAAGCCAGCACUAAGACCUGCCAAGUCCUGGAGGCCCUCAACGUGCUGGUGAAUCAGCCGGAGCCGGGAGAGCCCGUUCGGCUAGAGCUCGCGGAGCAGCUGACGCAGGACCCAGAGCUGUUUGACCGGACGGCCCAAGAGUUCACCCUCCAGUUUGGAGUGGACCGGCCCUCCUAACCCGGCUUCUGACCCGCCUGCUUUCUGUGUGAUGGAUGGACGCCCCUCAUGGGCGGGGGGCCAGAGCCUCUUUGCGAUUUUGCACUUGCUCGUGCCUUCCAAGAUUUCCUUCUUAGGCUGUGUGUGUGUGUAUGGGUGUGGGUGUGUGUGGGUGUGGGGGUGUGUGUGUGUGUGUGUGUGUGUGUUUACAGGGAGGGGACUGCCGUUACGAGUGUGGACCCACUGGCCACAGAUGUGCUUUCCCCAGCCUGCCCCAGAGCCAGAGGCAUUUAGGUUUGCAGACUCAAAAUCCAGCUCUCCAGUGCUCCGUGAUGGGGUUCCUGGUCCCACCGGUUGGUCCAUCUUAGAGACUCAGGCCACCUUCCCAGCCAGAUAAGCAGCCAACCCGAAUGCCCGCCCCCCACAGAGCCCUGCUUGGGGGCAGCAGGUCAGGUGGGAUGCAUACCAGGAGGGGGCCAGGGGGAGGAGGGACUCUUAAAACCAAGUGCUCUGGGGAUGGAGCGGUUGCAUCGUAGACCUGUAUGGAUUUAGGUGCAAAACCUUUCUGUUUCCACUGAUGAAUCAUAAAGUGAAGAAUCUCCUCUCCACCCCAGAA